GAUGGUGUGAGUGUUUGCGUGUCUUCAGUCUCACUCUAUUGAAUAGAAGGAAAUGGUGGUCAGUGACUUUUCCUUCCCCUGAAAGAGAAUUUCCUCCAGCAUUCACUCUCAAACUCUCAUCUGAAAUCACACGUACACGCCGCAACACAGCGCUAACAUGAAAACUCUCUUUUUUCUCAUAUUAACACUGCAGCACUUUUCUGCGUUCUGUGGGUUUCUGAUCGCUCACAGUAAUAAGGGCUUAUGUCUGAGCACACACAGAGAUGUGGUGAUCCUAAAGACAUGUGAUGUGACUAAUCCGUCUCAACACUGGAGCUGGACCGGCACGAUGAGACUCAAGCACACGUUGACAUCCAGAUGUCUGUGGGCCGAUCAGAGCACAUCUGUCCCGCGACACACGCGCCUGGUCAAACUCAGCGACUGUCACAUGGCCCCCGCCUGGAGGUGUUACGACAGCCGAGGCAUCUUUGGUCUUGUGGAGACACCCAUGUUCCUGAAAAAACAAGGCGUACGACUGGUCAUUCGCUCGGAGCAAAGAUAUUCCAACUGGUCCAUGAUCACAGUGGACUCGCACGGGAGAACAGAGAUGAUGUCUUUGUGUCCUGACAAAGCAGAUCCACCAAUAGUUUCAACAUUCAGAUCCACAAGAGAAAACACAACUUUAACCCUUCCUGUCAUAAUUCAGAGUCGAGCUGUGACCCACCACAGGACUAAACGCACCACUGGUGUAAAUGAACUCAUAACAGUUACUGCUGAGACUGACCUAAAAGACAGAUACACUCAAACAAUCCAAACACAAAACACAAACUCUGAAACGAAUAGCCUUACAGAUAUGUCCUCCACCGCUCUUAUGGUAACAAAAAGCCAAAACGCAAACCACCCGACAGAGACGUCCACCUCAGAUGUGCUGGAGCAGACCCAUGAGGCUCUCAUUUCUCGCACGGUACAUUCUACAGUGGAUGCCGAGCCUUCGGUUUCAUCCCGUGCCAGCGCUGGACAUUCUCAUGCAGAAGAUGUCCAUCUCACAUUCACGGAGACUCCAACCAGCGCUUUAACUGUAUCAAACACUGUUGGCACAUGGACAAACGUUUCAACCAGAAUCUCGACUUCAACAAAGACCAACAAAGACGUUCACACUGUCUUGCCAUUUAAACAAACAAGAACAACUCGAGCAAUUACCGAAGUUCUUCCCAAUACAGCGCGAUCUACAGCAAACACAGACACUCACUCUGCCAAAACCUCCCCUACAGCCCCGUACACAUCUACACCUGCUCCAAACACAUUCACAUCAUCAGCAGCAGCAACAACAACAAGUGUAGAAACAAUCACAACUACCAUCAUCAACAGUCCUGCUCCUCUGAAGACAACAACUCCUCCACCUACGACAUCAGUGCUGGCUGUCAGAUGUCUGGUGAAUGUAUCUGCAACAAGUGUUCAUAUGGAUUAUUUUCUUUUGAAUUUAACAACACCUGGAAACUCCUGCAGCUUCAUUGUGACUGACUUAACCAAUGCUUCUCAAGUAACAAGAUGUGUUGAAGACUUAAAGCUUCCCCACCGUUACACAUGCCGAAUCAUGGAUUUGAUUCCUGGUGCUUCCUAUUCGUUCGGAAUCCUUUCAGAGACAGAUGGCACACACCUGAACUUUUCAUGUCGAACUGCUCCUGCCGCCGUGACGGCUUUGAGUCUUCAGAGCGACGGCCGUCACGACUCUCUCAAAGCCUCAUGGAUUGCUGCUGCUGGAGUCCUGAAGUCCUAUCAGCUCCUCCUGUCCACCUCCAGCUCACCUGACCGACAACUUACUCUACCUCCAACCAUCUCGCAGUGGCUGUUCAGUGGCUUAACACCCGGAGAGCUUUAUCAAGUGUCCGUAAAGACGAAGAGCGGAGAUCUCACAGCCGAGAGCAGGACCACGGGCAGAACAGCACCAGGACAUGUGAAUGGUUUGAAGCUGGAGGCUGUUAGUGAGAAGAUGUUGCGUCUGUCCUGGUCUCCUCCUGAUGGUCACUGGGAUUUCUAUCGUGUCCUGUUAUUCAACGGCUCUUCUGUGCUCGUGAACCGCACCGUCAGCCGAAAUGUUGUGGAGUUCAGCUUCAGUAACUGGACUCUGAUUUCAGGUCGUGUGUAUGGAGCUACGAUCAGCGUUCAGAGCGGAUCUCUCAGAUCAACAGCACACUGUCAGCAUAGAUUGGCUCCCGGAGCCGUUCGGCAGCUGAAUAUCCAUCACAGUGAGGAGACGUCUCUGAGCGCCGUCUGGAUCCGUCCUGUUGGUGAAUGGGAAAAUUUCACCAGUCAGCUGAAGGAUGGAGACGUGGUUUUGGACAGAAGGACUUUAGAUCAUGAUGCGAGGGAAUGCGGCUUCAACAAUUUGAUACCUGGACACACAUAUACAAUCACAGUGACAACUAAUAGUGGAGAUCAGAAUAACUCUGCCCACAUCACAGGAAAAACCCUCCCAGCUCAGGUGACACACCUGCAGGUCAGUAAUGAAGGCAGUACAGACGCUCUUCAGGUGUGCUGGGACAGAGGAGCCGGUGCGGUGGAUCUUUACCGUCUUCUCCUCAUCCAUGACAGCGUGGUCAUGAAGAACGAAAGUGUACAGCCCAACGUCACCUCCUAUCACUUCCAGGAGCUUAGAUCUGGUGCUCUGUACAGGACCGUGGUGACGGCGGUACACCGUGGCAUCUUAUCGCGGCAGACUGUAGCUGAUGGACGCAUAGUUCCUGCUGCAGUGAGAGACGUGACAGUCAGCAACAAUGGACGCAUGGACUUUCUGAGUGUGUCCUGGAGAGCCGCUGAAGGAGAUGUUGACAGUUACUCUGUCUCCUUGAGAGAUCAGGAAAGAACUCUCCACACCCUUACUGUCUCAAAGUUCAGCACUGAGUGUGUUUUCAAGUCUCUGGUGUCUGGAAGUCUGUAUAACAUCUCCAUCGCCUCACGCAGCGGAGAGUAUGAAAACCACACAGUUGUUCAGGAGCGCACACAACCGUCCCCAGUGUUGAACCCCACCGCCACACAUAUGGCUCGUGAUGACCAUCUGAAGGUUUAUUGGCGCCAUGCAGCUGGAGAUUUUGAUUACUACCAUGUCUCCAUCAAGCACAACAACACCUUCUUCCAGAAUAAAAGGGUAGCCAAGACUCAGAAUGAAUGUGUGUUCAGUGGGCUGGUACCAGGUCGACUCUACACUGUGAUCGUCAGUACAUGGAGCGGAAAAUAUGAAUCCAGCGUCUUAACACACGGAAGGACGUUGCCGGCAGGAGUGAGAAAUCUCUCGCUGGCAGACAGCAGCACAGAAGAUCUGCUGGUGGCAUGGCUUUCUGCUCCAGGGGAUGUUGAUCAUUAUGAGGUUCAACUGCUCUAUAAUGACAUGAAGGUGUUUCCCCCCAUCACCCUGACUAGCACCACUAACAGAUACCUGCUUUCAUCACUCACUCCCGGACGACUCUACAAAAUCGUGGUGUCCACCUUCAGUGGACCUAACCUCAGCGUGCAGUUUAAAAAAGGCAGAACAGUUCCCAGUAAAGUGAAGAACAUUCACAUCAGUAAUGAUGGUCAGAGCAGCAGUCUGAGAGUGAACUGGACUCCAGGACAGGGCGAUGUGGACCGCUACUCUGUGUCUCUCGCUCAGAUGACGGGUCAAGCUGAGGAAAGAUCAGUUCCUAAACAUGUGAAUGAGAUGAGUUUCCACGGUUUGCUGCCGGGACAGGAGUAUAUGAUCACCAUCACGUCAGUCAGUGGAUCUCUGAGCAAUAACAGCACUGCAGCGGGGCAAACUGUUCCUUCCUUGGUGACGGCUUUAAAAGUGGAGAACCAGCACAGCACGUCCAGUCUCUUUGUGUCGUGGCAGUCGAGUCGGGGUGUUUAUGACAGCUACUGGCUGCAGCUACUGGAUGAAAGUGGAACUCUAGUGUCCAACAGCUCUCAGACGGAAGAUGUCAACCAGCAUUACUUCAGACAGCUUAUCCCGGGAAAGAAAUAUAUAAUUCUGGUCCAGACUGUCAGUGGAGGAAUCAGCACCAAAGACGUCAUUGCUGAUGCCCGAACUUGUCCAGCGACUGUUAAUAAUCUCUCCAUCAUAAGCAACAUGACCACGAGUUUGUCCUUCCACUGGUUGCCACCAGAUGGGGAAUUUGAUGGAUUCAGUGUUUUUCUGUAUAAUGGAGACGAAAGCUUGCAUGAUCAGAAGACUGGAGUGGUGAUCAUGCAGGACUGUUCUUUCCAGAACCUUCGACCUGGGGCGCUCUACAAAGUCACUGUUCAGACCCGCAGUGGAGAUCAGACCAACGACACAUCUAUCUGGGCCCGAACAGUUCCUGCAGCUGUGACAUUCUUGAGUGCUGACAGUAAAAAACACUCUGAGAGUCUGUGGUUGAGCUGGAAACAGGCCGUGGGUGAAGUAAGCACCUACACCGUCCUCCUCUACAACCCUGAUGGGACUCGGCAAGCAGAACAGAACCUCAGUCCAAACAGCAGAAGUCAUGUGUUUCAAAGACUGCUGUCUGGACGACUCUAUGAGGCGGUUGUCCUCACACACAGUGGAGAUCUUACCAACAUGGCAACAGCUAAAGGCAGGACUGACCCCAAGCCACCGGUCUCAUUGUCCAUUGGAGAAAUCACUAACACUUCAAUGGAAAUGACAUGGAUUGGUCCAGAAUAUACAGAUUUUGAUGACUUUGAUCUUCAGUGGAACCCCAGGGACCCUCUGUCUGUGUUCAACCCUUACCACAGCCCAACAUCUCGAAGUCGAGUACUGAAAGGGAUGUACCCUGGCCGUCAGUAUAACAUCAGUCUGCGCACAGUCAGCGGUGCUGGGACCAGCAACCCUACCUUCAGCCUUGCCAUCUACAGGAGCAUCAGGACAAAGCCAGAGCGUGUCCAGAGUCUUCACUGUCGUCCUCAAAACUCCUCGGCCAUAUCAUGUUCCUGGAGUCCUCCAGAGGCCGACUUUGACUCAUACACUAUCGAGUGCUUGAGACAAGACUCUCACAAGAUGGUGUACUCACAGCGUACGGUCAAAGAGACCACAGUCUACCUGAUUAAAGAUCUAGAACCUCACAAACACUACACUGUCUCUGUCAAAGUCAUCUCUGACAGCAUGACCAGUGAGGCCGUCAUGGAAAAUGUGGUCACAAUGAUAGACUGUCCACCACUGCCCUUGACUCGCGUCAAUGAAAACUCAGUUCAAAUCACCAAGUCAACCAUUUUCUUCCAGUUUAACUGCAGCUGGUUCAGCGAUAUCAAUGGUGCCGUGAAAUAUUUUACCAUCAUUGUGACUGAAUCUGAAGACAGUGAAAACCAGCAACCGUACCAGCAUCAUCCUCUUCCUUCAUACUUGGACUACAGAGCUAAUAGUUCUGUCAAAACUUAUCAGACCAGUAACUUCGCCAGCCGCUGUGACGAGAGCCAGAGCCAGACGCAGGAGAUUGAGAUUUAUCUGGGGUCUGGCAUGGAGAGUCUCGGAGGACCAUGUGAUCAAAAACCAUUGAAUGAUGCAUCUCAAGAUCAGAUGUUCUGUGAUGGACCACUAAAACCCAAGACCUCAUACAGAAUCAGCAUCCGAGCAUUCACUAAACUCUUUGAUGAGAAACUCGAGGAGUUUCUUGCACCGCUCUACACUGAUACAUUCCUCUCCGUGCCCUUUACGACACAUGCAGAGCCAUUGAGUGGGGUCAUUGAGGGCAUCAGCGCUGGAUUAUUCCUCAUUGCCACAAUGGUGGGAUUAAUUGUUCUGCUGAUCUGUAGACAAAAAGCACAUAAAAUCAGCACACAUGAGCCGGUGGUCAGAAUGAGUCUGAGAAGAGAACGGCCAGCCACAGGAAAACAUGUCAUUGUUAGAGGCAACCGUCGUGUGUCAAGCCCCAUCUGCAUUACACAUUUUGAGGCCCAUUUGGCUAAACUUCGGGCAGACUCCAGCUAUCUUCUUUCUGAGGAAUUUGAGGAUUUAAAGGAUGUUGGGCGUAACCAGCCACAAGACUCUGCUUUAUUGCCUGAGAACAGAGGGAAGAAUCGCUACAAUAAUAUUCUGCCCUAUGAUUCCACCCGGGUGAAACUGUCCUACGUGGAUGAAGACUCCUGCUCAGACUACAUUAACGCCAGCUAUAUUCCUGGCAAUAACUUCAGACGGGAGUAUAUAGCCACUCAGGGUCCCUUACCUGGAACCAAGGAUGAUUUCUGGAAGAUGGUCUGGGAACAGAACGUGCACAACAUAGUUAUGGUGACGCAGUGUGUUGAGAAAGGAAGGGUGAAAUGUGACCAUUACUGGCCAUUUGACCAGGAACCACUGUAUUAUGGAGAUUUGAUAGUGCAAAUGCAGUCAGAGUCAGUGCUGCCGGAGUGGACCAUCCGAGAAUUCAAGAUGUGUAAUGAGGAACAUCUGAGCUGUUCCAGAGUCGUACGUCAGUUCCACUACACAGUGUGGCCAGAUCACGGCGUCCCAGAGAUCACACAGUCGCUCAUUCAGUUUGUCAGAACCGUGAGGGAUUAUGUCAACCGAACACCCUUCUCUGGAGCCACUGUGGUGCACUGCAGUGCUGGCGUGGGCCGAACCGGGACCUUCAUUGCUCUCGAUAGAAUCCUUCAGCAGCUGGACACUAGAGACACGGUGGACAUCUAUAGUGUCGUCUUUGAUCUGAGACUCCAUCGCACACAUAUGGUGCAGACAGAGUCUCAGUACUCGUACCUCUAUCAGUGUGUUCGCGAUGUGCUUCGUGCAAGAAAACUGCGCAGUGAACAGGAAAAUCUCUUGUAUCCCAUCUAUGAAAACGUGCGGUCAGAUUCUCUUAGAGAUGUGGUCUACUCCAAACGUUAAUGUGCUGAUGGGUCGAGUAGAGGCAAAAAACUUUAAUGUUUCAAAGACAUGUAAAAACUUUAUUUUUGAAAAUAAUUAGCUUUAUGUUUAACUAUAUCUCUAACAGAGUUGUAUAAUGUACUGUAAAGAUGUGAGUAUUUCAACAGUUUAAGUGUUAUGCACUACUAAAUAAAAUCAGAUGUAGACUUAUUUUAUAUGAAUAAAAUUUGACUAUU